CUUGCUCCCAGUACCCCCCGUGCCACCCCAACGAAGCGAGACACCAACACGUAGGCCAACCCCUCCGCUGAGUCGCUGACCGCCUCGCACCCGUCGUUCCCCUCCUUCCGGCACAACCAGCACGCGAGCGGCACGAGAAGACUAGGGUUCCGGCGAGGCGACGGCGAGAACCAUGGCAGGGAUUCGAUGGCCGCCAGAGGACCCGGAGAUCUUCCCUUCCAGGAUGGUCAGCGGCGGGGCUUGGGUCCCCGUCGCGCCCCCAGGAGAGAUGGCGUCGGACGACGACCGGUCGGUGGCCGCGGACUCGUGGUCGAUCAAGAGCGACUACGGCAGCACCCUCGACGACGAUCAGCGUUACUCCGACACCGCCGAGGUCCUCCUAGCCUCCUCCUCCGCCUCCUCUGCGGCCGCGCCCUCCGCAACGGUUGCCGUCCACCCCUCCUCCGACUUCAGCUUCGACAAGGAUGUCCAUGACUCCAGCUACGUUGAACCUCCCUUGCUGGGCUUGCAGAAUUUUCAGGAUGGUGCUUACGCUGAGGAUCUUGCAAAUUUCCAUGAACGCAGCCACGCUGAUGACUGGUUUGGCACUGAUAUCAUGGAUAUCCGCGUAGGUUGGACCAAAAAUUUGUGCUCAAGUAGAGAUUUACCCAGCUGCAGCGUACUUGACAUUGGGACUGGGAGUGGCAGACUCUUGCAGCAGCUUGCGAAGCAGGGGUUUUCUGAUCUGACUGGGAUUGACUAUAGUGAAAGUGCAAUUGAGCUUGCUCGUAGCCUUGCAAUCGGUGAUGGGUUUGAGCACAUUAAUUUCUUGGUUGAUGAUGUUUUGGAGUCGAAGUUGGAGAGAAGAUUUGAACUUGUCAUGGAUGAAGGGACUCUUGAUGCGAUUGGGCUCCAUCCUGAUGGACCUGUGAAGAGAAUGAUGUAUUGGCAGUCCGUUGAUAGCUUGGUUUCCCGUGGUGGUAUAUUGGUCAUCACAUCAUGCAGCAGAACCAAGGAUGAGUUGGUGCAGGAGGUAGAGAACUUCAACCAAAGGAAGCUUGGUGCUGUGGGCUCAGGCUCAGAAGGAUUGCCGGCUAGUGAAGCUGCGGUGUUCAGCUACCUGGACCACGUCCAAAGUUACCCUAGUGUGGAUAGUUCUUGCAUAACGACCGUUGCUUUACUUCAUAAGUGAAAAACAUAAUUGUAUUGUAUGCUUGGUUUAUUGGCCCUAGAAAGUUACCGUAUACCUGCUACGAUAUUAACUAUGUACCCAGUCACUUGUGUAUCUGGACAAUAUUCUACUAGUAUUUUACCUUGUCGGGUUGGUAU